ACUCGUUCAGAGAGCCUUCAGAUUUUUACUGCUGUUUCGAGAAGAUCUGCAGCUGGAGACACACAAGUGUGGAGUAUGGCACCGAAAAACUGGGAGCAAAAGGCCUCUCCACGCUGCCUCUUCCUUUUGAUCAUUUUGGCUGUCGCUCCCUGUACAGCAGAUUUGAGUGAGUGGGGAGCCACAUAUGAGCCAAUGAAGAUCUGUGCACUGGAAGGAUCAACGUUGAGGAUUAAUUGUACAUAUAGACAUCCAGCAGAACUCACUGUUGAAAAAGAAAUGUGGUUUUAUGGAAUUGAAAAAUGUGAGAUAGCUAGAGAUGAAGCAACCACAGUGUAUCAUACAAAUGAGAGGGAAGUGUCCAGCAGUCACAGGCACCGAGUUCAAUUCUUGGGUAACAAAAACAAAAAGUGCUCUCUAGAGAUCGGCAAUGUGAGGAGAGAGGACUACGGCUACUACAACUUUAGAUACGAGGGAAGUGAAGACGGAAAACGCUGGACUCAGGCACCAGGAGUCCACGUGACAAUCACAGAUCUGAAGAUUGAAGCAACAGCAGAGAAUGUGCAAGAAAAUGGCACGGUGAUCCUGACUUGUAAAACGACCUGCAGUCUCCCUAGCAGGGUCUUCUCCUGGUACAGAGAUGGACAACAGUUAAAGGAAACCUCAGAGAAGCUUGAAAUUCAAAGAGUUUCCUAUAAGGACCAUGCCAACUACUCGUGUCAGAUUGGAAGCAUCCCGUCCUCACAAUUUCUUCUGAAUGUGCAGUAUUCCCCCAGGCAUGCAGUCAUCACUGGACAGAGCAACUCCAGUCUGGAAGAAGGAGGAUCAGUAACUUUAUACUGCAAAGCCUUUGCAAACCCAACCAGCAACUACACCUGGGUCAAGGAGAACAGCAGCCAUGUCGGAUCAGGAGAACAACUGCACAUCUGCAGCGUAAACAGGAGGGAUGCAGGGUCUUAUCACUGUGAAGCCACAAACAGAUAUGGUACAGCAAAGUCUGCAGACGUUAUCCUGGCGUUUCAAGGUGAACAUCCUCAGUGCAUUGUGGGUUAG